AUGAAUAUUUCAUUUCAAACAAUAGUCAUCUUAUUUGUUGUUGUUGCACAGUUGUCUUUGACUUCUUCAGUACAAAUCAAUAAUAAUGAUCAACUUUCAUCGUCGUCCGAACCUGCUGCAUCUCCACAAUGCUUGCAAGACGUUCAGACUAUGAUGAGCUAUCCAAUAAAUGCUCUUGAAAUGUGGACAAGCACUGGAAGAUCACCAAAUGAUCUUGGAAAUAUGGAUGAUUGCUUGCAACUUCCUUCCAAUGUAUCGCAUUAUUGUAUCUAUCAGACUGAUUAUGAUGUUCCAUUCCUGAAUGUUUCUUAUCCCUAUAUGAUCGGACUUUGCAUUCCGCCAAGUUGCAAUACCACCACCGAUAUUGAGGCUGCUCUCGGCGAGUUCAUUUUAACCAUGUCAAUCAUUGCACCAGUAGGAGAUAAAGGAACUAGUCAAUCCUAUUGCUACUCGCACAUCGGCCAGACCUACAAGAGCUGGACAACCGGCUCCGGAGUGAUGUUGGGUGUCUGCAUUUGCUUUGCCAUGAUGGUGGUGAUUGGAACUUCGAUGGAGUACAUCAGAAUCCAAAUGUCCAGCGCCGCCAAGAAAGAUGAAUUCGAAGGACUGUUGGAUGGAUCGCGUCGUAGUCCACUCAAGGUUGACUAUGAAUCGAGUAACUCUAUCAUCGCCAGUAUCUUCUUGUCGUUCUCGCUCAUCCACAACUACCGUUCGUUCAUUGGAAGUCAAUCGACCAAACGCCACUUUGAUGCACUCGAUGGAAUUAGAACUGUUUCAACAAUGUGGGUUGUCUUGGGUCAUUCGCUACUCUUUUCACUGUCGCCAGGUCUCGACAAUAUCCAAUAUGUGUUUGGAACGGUUCGUACCUUUUUCUCAUUCCAAGCGCUUCCAGCCGGUGAAUUUGCAGUCGAUGUCUUCUUCAUGCUGAGUGGAUUCUUGGUUGCACAUACACUGCUAUCGCAGUUGGACUCGAAAAAAGCGAAAUCACUUUUGUUCUGGGCUAAAUAUGCACUUCACAGAUACAUUCGUUUGUCGCCACUGAUGUAUUUCCUCUUGUUUGUCUAUUGGAAACUGAUGCCAAUGUUUGGAAGUGGUCCAAUGUGGUACCAGUUCGCUCAGAGUCUAGAUGUAUGCGAUCAAUAUUGGUGGACCAAUUUGUUGUACAUCAACAACUUGCAUCCAUCGACUCUAACACAAGAGUGUUUUGCAUGGGGAUGGUAUCUCGCCAAUGACAUGCAAUUCUACUUGAUUGCUCCAUUCGUACUGCUGUCAUUCAGAUACAAGAAGAUCUUUGGUUAUACAUGGGUUGUCAUUCUGCUCGCCAUUUGUUUCACCACCAACAUUUGGUUGACAAUCAAAUUCAACAUUGCCACAUUCUUUGAUUUCUCAUUCACCAGUACCUCUUUCGCCACCGACAUCUACCAGAAACCAUGGACAAGAGUCGGUCCAUACGCUGUCGGUCUCUGUGUCGCUUUCCUCUACACACACGAAACCACCAAGAAACUAUACGACAAACCAGUGUUUAGAAUGUUUGCCUAUGCCAUGGCACUAGGAAUCACCAUGUUCUUCAGUUAUAUCCCCUACUCAGGACUACAAGGAACCAGUUGGAACAAGAUUGAGAAUGGAUUGUUCAAUGCAUUCGCUCAUACAAUGUUCACCGUUGGAUUGUCUUUCUUUAUGAUGGCGACAUUCUAUGGACACGGUGGUUUCCUAGCGGAUUUCUUCAAGAUAAAGAUAUUCCACUACCUCUCGAAAUUGACAUUCUCCACCUAUAUGAUUCAUCCAAUCGUUAUCUGGACCUACCAAUACUCGAGAACAACAUUCGACCAUUACUCACCACUUCAAUUCGCAUGGCUGUACACCGCCAACAUUGUCAUGUCAUUCGCCGCCGCCUUUUUAGUACAUCUCACCGUUGAAAAACCAUUUGUCAAUUUGGAACGUAUUAUUUUCCCACCAAACAAAAACAACAACGAAUCACAAAAGCAUCAUACCGAACAAUCCAAUGUUGAAAAAAUCAUUUUACUAAUUGGUAUAUUAACAUUGGAUAAAUAUUUUCCAACGACAAAUAACUAUAUCAAUCAAUCUAUCAAUCUAUCAAUCUAUCAAAUUAAAAUUUGA